AUGAGGCUACGACCCAUGCUGGCGAUGGCACAGGCCUCCGGUAGAUCAUUUCAACUGAAAGGUUCGAUUAAAUGCCUCUUUAGCCUCUCAGCAACUUCCUAUGAGAAGGAUAACUCCAGUCCAAACCUGGGCAAAUGGAACUUGUUUAGCCCUGAGCAAAGAGUGGGGCAGUCGCGACACGCUGUGCCUCAGCUAAAAAAUCCACUGUGCAGGCUGGUAGGAUACACCUAUAUCCGUAACGUUUGUACCGAGCGUGGAGUUGCUCCAGUACUGCAAUUUACUGCAGACGAGGACGCAUCCUCGACAUUAGCUAGUAUUAUCUGA